AUGUCCCCAAGGAUGUUUUUAGAUCAGCUGAAUCUCGCCACCUCGUCUCUUGUCCAUCAGUUCACUCUCCCUACACGCAAACGCUAUUGGAACUUAAAGGAUGUUGAGGAACCACUGUCAUUCCCUAAAACUUCUCUGCAGAAAUCUCCCAAAGUUGCUCAGCUCAGUCCUCCUACUUUAUUGCUCAUAGAGCGGAAAUCCUCUCUGGCUAGUCGAAAUUCUUGCAAUGGACUCUUCCUCGCUCUCGGCUGCGAUGCCUCCUACGCGCUGAAUGUGCGCUACCACCUCUUGUACCUACCUCGGAAAAGUUUCAUCGCUAGAACUCCCCACUGCACCAGCACCAAGCAGCUUCGCCCUCUUUGA